AUGGGGGCCUCGGAGUCAAAGCUUGUGUUCAAGCAGGGCAUCUUCCGCCUCUCCGAGGAGAAGGAGAUCCCCGCAGACGACCCCUACUGGACACGAUUCUGGGAACUGCCCGAAUCUACCGAAGACGUUUUUAGCCUGUUCACACCAGCUGACAUCCGACGCACGCGCGACCAUGCCUUAUCGAACUUCGAAACGCUCUUACUCUCAGUCUCCUCACGGCUGAUAGUUCUGAAAAACCAUCCCUCAUUUCCCGAUCCCGACCUUGCCCCCAAUCGUGAUGCGCUCAACUGUAUCCGUGUCCUUACCCGGCUACUGCCCUUUGUCUAUGAAGCCGAACACUUGGAGGACUGGGAAGAUAAGUUCUUCUGGACGCGUCGAAAGAGGAGGACUAGACAAGCGCAGAUCGCAGGCGAGGUAAUUUUUGAUGAGGCACAGCCAGAUGAUCAACAAGAGCGGUCGUCUCCUUACGGGGAGGAAUACGAAGAUGUGAAGCCGCUUGGGGAAGAGUUGAUCGAUACACUGCUUGACUUGCUCUUUUUCGCCGAUUUUACAAUUCCCGUACUACCAACAGCUAAGAGCAAGAUCUCGUAUUCGAUAUGGCAAAGUGGUGUUGGUUGCAAUACGGCUAUGGGGUCCAACAAGACUCUCGAAAACAACCGCUGCGAGAUAUUGCGGUUACUGCUAACCAUGACCGGAAAGGCUAUGUACAUGCCAGCAAACACUUUGCCCGUACAAGGCGUAAAGGCGAUUACGUACAUCACCACUUGCCAGGAUAAGCAGGCCGUUUUGACAACUCUGUGCUCUCUUCUGAAUACGGCUAUGAAGUAUAACCCUGCCUCUUGGCGGGUUCCAUAUGACCAUGUUGUUUGGAAGGACCCCAAGCAGAUACUAGUUAUCUACUGCCUCCAACUUCUCCUGGUUCUACUUCUGUACCCAAUUCCAGAGGAUGGCCGUGGUUCUCCACCGAAGAACUACUACCGCCAUUACUUUGGUAGGUUGCAUAGGCCGCAAGAUUUCCAGUUUCUUGUAGAGGGCAUGACAAGGAUUCUGAAUCAGCCUAUGCAAGCCACCAGCACAUAUCUCCCUGGAAGCCAGAGAUCUGUGAAGUGGGCACCGGAAAUCUUGAUCUUAUUCUGGGAGACCUUGCAGUGCAACAAGCGUUUCAGGUCGUUCAUGAUUGACUCCAAUCGUUCACAUGACUUUCUGGUUCUUUGCAUCUUCUAUGCCAUGGAGUACAGAGCAGACCCAUCCAAGCAAGGAAUGGUCCGCAUGUGCAUCUUCAUCCUCCAGACACUAAGUGCAGAGCCCACAUUUGGGAAGAGUCUCAACGUCAAAUUUGAGGGACAAGAAACUUUACCUCAGUCUAUCAGGUUGCCCAAGUUCCGGGGCUCUUAUGCUGACUACCUCAUCAUGUCAAUUCAUACUCUGAUGACAACAAGCAAAGGCAACCUCGACACUGUCUAUCCGGCCCUUCUGGUAAUUCUGAAUAACGUGGCGCCUUACGUGCAGCAUAUGUCGGCGGGUGCGUGCUCCAAAGUCAUUCAGCUCUUUUCCUCAAUGUCCGCUCCUAGCUUUUUGUUGGCCAAUGAAACCAACCAUACGCUUCUUGCAUCUUUGCUUGACUUCAUCAACGCUAUUCUUGAGCAUAACUUCACCGAAAAUCAAUAUCUGGUCUAUGCCAUCUUGAAGUAUAAGCAGCGAUUUGAGGCCAUCCGAGCUUUCACUCUUGAAAGUGGCCAACAAGAGAUUGAGCAGCAGAGAGAGAAGCGAAAAUCUGGAGAUGCCUCAAGUGAUGCGAUUUACAGCCCUUCACUUUCUCAUUCCGAGGAAGACCUUCACACUCCAUCGGGUGCUCGGUCUCCCCUAACUAGGAUCCCCGAAGAGAACAGUGCCUUUGCAAUUGGAGAUGAUGAUUCAGACGACGAGGGGCAGAAUACUCCAUCUCAGUCCUCGCCAUCAGCACAGAACUCUCGCAGACCCUCGUUUGCCUCCGCGAAUGAUGAAAAUGCAACGCAGCAGUUGCGAGGUAUGUCUGAAAAAGCACGAGGAAAAAUGCCUGCCGGACGGCCGUCUUUCUCUCGACAAAACAGCAUGACAAGUCAAACAAGCAUGUCUGCUUUAUUCUCCGGUUCCUCAACUGGUUUCAUCCCAACUGUAUCCUGGUUGGAAUCAUGGCUUCCAGAGCUCCCUCUGCAUACCAUUCUUACCAUAAUAUCUGCUAUUGCUCCUCAUAUUCCGGAAACAGCUUUACAGUCAGCUGUUAGUCCCGAUGCUCGUACUCUGAUCAGCAAUCUACCAUCUUUUGCUGAAGAGCCGCAAGUCAAGAGUAUUAUUUCAGAGCCCACUCCGGUUCGCGCCCAAUCUUUUGAAUGGUCGGCCCUCUCUAUGGGCUGGUAUGAGUCUCUUCUCUGGGGUUUUAUCUUUUCUAGUGAGAUGGUGGUGGGGUCCGCUGCUGGUGCAACCCCGGGUACUGUCGGCGUGUGGAACGGCACCGGAAUCCGACUUUUUAGGGUUCAAGAGGCUGCUGCCCAAGGGCCAACUCUUCUUGCUCCGAAGGGUGCUGUGGAUGCAGUUGGUAGCAAUUUGGUCCAGCGAAUUGGGAAUCUCAGUCUACGUGGCAGGAACUUGACCUCACAAGAGCCUGGCAGUACCCAAUCCCCGAGCAUGAGGGAGGUCUAG